AUGAACGACACCAUUGCCAAUGCUUCCAUUCAAGAGCUUUCCUCGUGGGAAUUCGCUCAAAAGCUCGAUGCUCAAGAUCCAUUAGCCAAGUUCCGUGACGAAUUUGCCAUUCCUCCUCGCCGUUCAGUGUCGGGUAGUCAUCCCGUAGUUGAAUCCGAUGCCGAUCUCGAUAAACCAUGCACUUACCUCUGUGGCAACUCCCUUGGUCUUAUGCCAAAACGAUCACGUGAAUUGGUGAUGCAAGAAUUCGAUGUAUGGGCUGAUCGUGGUGUGGUGGGUCAUUGGGAUCAUCCUGGUCAUGGUGGAUGGGCCGUCAUUGAUGAACCUCUCAAGGAACCUUUGGGCCGUCUUGUUGGUGCCAAGCCAAGUGAAGUUACCCCAAUGAAUACCUUGACGGCAAACCUACAUGCAAUGAUGGCGUCGUUUUAUAAGCCAACCAAAGACCGAUUCAAGAUCCUCAUCGAAGCAAAGGCUUUCCCAUCCGAUCAUUAUGCCGUGAGCUCCCAACUUAGAUUGCAUGGCUUUGAUCCUGAAGAGGCUUUGAUUGCAUUGGCACCUCGUCAAGGCGAGAGCACCCUACGCACUGAGGACAUCAUUCAAACGAUUCGUAACGACCAUCAAAUUGCCUUGGUCAUGUUUAGCGGCAUCCAAUAUUACACGGGACAAUUGUUUGAAAUUGAAAAGAUUACACGCGUUGGCCAUGAAGAGGGUUGCGUUGUUGGUUGGGAUUUGGCCCAUGCAGUAGGCAAUGCUCCUUUGCAACUUCACGAUUGGGAUGUCGAUUUUGCUUGUUGGUGCUCAUACAAAUACUUGAAUUCGGGUGCUGGUGGUAUUGCUGGUUUAUUCGUGCAUGAAAAAUACGCCAAUGAUGCUAGACCAAGACUUGCUGGAUGGUGGGGUAAUGAUAAGGCAACCCGAUUCGAAAUGAAGCCAGAGUUCAAUCCUUCUCCUGGUGCUUCCGGUUAUCAAAUGAGUAAUCCCAGUAUCUUGGCAACAGCUUCAUUACUCGGAUCGCUUCAAGUGUUUGAUGCUGCUGGAUUUUCUGCUUUACGUUCAAAGUCGGUAUCAUUGACUGGGUAUUUGGAACGGUUAUUGGAUACGGUAUUGGAAGCCCAUCAAAAGGCUGGCCAUUUCAGCAUCCUCACGCCACGUGAUCCCGAACACCGUGGUUGUCAAUUAUCGCUCGACUUUCCUCAACGAAUGAUGGAUAUCUUUGCUCAAUUGGAGGCUCGUGGUGUCAUUUGUGAUGAGCGCAAACCCACCGUGAUCCGAAUUGCUCCCGUGCCUCUUUACAACACCUACACAGAUGCACUACGUGCUGUGCUUUACCUCAAAGACAUUCUCGAUUCCUUUUUCCCUCUCUCACAAUAG